AGAAACAUUGAUACUUGGUCAACGAAUCAAGAAAUUGGCACGUCAACUGAUGCCAACUGUUGAUUUGAAAAUAGCUUAUACGAAAACACUCACUCUCCAGAAUGUUUUCCUACCUUUACAAAAAGGUUUAGAUGUAACCGAAAAACAGAAAAAUCUUGUUUAUUCCAUACCUUGUAUGGACUGUGAUUACAAAUAUUACGGACAUACUGCACGGGAUUGGUCCAUAAGAAUCAAUGAACAUCGAGAUAAAGUUAGACUUCAUUCUUCUAACUCAAAAAUUGUUCAACAUGUUGAGCAGUUAGGACACACGAUGGACUUUAAGAAUGCAAAAAUUGAGGCCUUUGAAACUAGCUAUCGGAAGAGAAUAAUUAAGGAGGCAUUGUUUUCUCAAUUUUCGAAAGGAAAAUUCAUGAACAAAGUUGAUCACGAUUUGAAUGUGUUUGGAUAGAUGUUCUUCUUCUAUCACAUUUAUUCAAUUGUCAUGUUCUGAUAUUUUGUACAUGUUUUCUUUUGCCUUGGUUUAUUCUUCCUUUGUGAGAAUAAAUAGACUUCUUCUUGCACAUAUGACGGACUGUUGACUUAUUACUGUCUAAAGCAUAAAGAGAAGAAUUUCUUAAAUUGCGCAUUUCAAUUUUUCAUUUUUCAUUUCUUUCUGUUCUUCUUCAAAACAUUUUUGUUGAUAUGUACACUUUUUUCUUUUUGUCAUUCACUCUUGAUGAUGAUCCUUGAAUAAAGGUCGAAAGCUCGAGUAGUGUUUUAAGUGAUAACUUGAACAUGCAUUUUGUUGCAGUGCUAUAUUUCUUACUUAAAUCUAUAUUCUUCACUGCACCACCUCCAAAUUCAAUAAAUGUUGUUUGCUUAUGUUUGUGUUUCUAAAUGUUCUUCAGACGAAUGAAUAAAAGUAAUCUGAGUCAUGAACAACAGUUCAAAUUUCGACGCUACAUAUUCUUUUUCUGUUCUAAAAUAUGGUCUAUUAGAAUUAAUUAAAGUUUGUCUUUCAGGAACAUACUAUAGCUAAACCCAUUAGCUUUGAGAUUAACACGAUUCUGGAUUAAUCGUCCAGAUAUGCUAAAUCGUUCAGAUAUAAAUGAUAAAAGAAGGGACAAAGGAAAAAAUAAUGGUUAAAUUUCAUAAAAAUCAAUUCAAUCACAAAAGACAUCUCAUUGUAUUGAAACAUAGUUUUUUUGUAGAAUCGGAACUGAGUUGAAGUUAAAUUAUAGUUGAAUUAAGCUUUUUGAAAAGCAGUAUUGAAAUUGUAAUGUCGUUUGGAAAAAUUAAAAUGGAAUUAUAUGGACUUGGAAUGGCACAUAGCUAGAGUUGCUCAUCUCUAUUAUUAAUAAUAUAAUACUUAAUCUCAUCAUAAUCUCCUUGAGUAAAAAUCUCUAAAUAUUGAAUAUUUUUAAUGAAUUGAUUUAGAUUAGAUAGAAAAUGAAUUAGGCGGAAAGUGGACGAUUUAGAAAAGGAGUCAACACAUUACGAAAUAAUGUAAGUGUAAGACGCUAAACGAACGAGGUUGGAUUUGCUAGCUAACUAUUUGAAGACUAAAAGAAAAUAUUACUCAUCACAUACAGUGUCAAAGGUAAUUAACUCUACUCUUUCAAACCAUCAGUUUGUCCUUAUUGAUAGUGGGUUUGUAGGAUGAUUUAAUGAUAUAAACGACCAAGAAGGUUUGGCUAUUCUAUGAAAAUGUAUAUUGGGAUGCUUUUCCUCAGAAUAGCUGAUACUAAAUCUAUUCUUUAGAAAAUAACCUCAUUAUAUUACCUCAUACAAAAGCUAAACCUCCUCGACUGUGUACAACAUUGUAUCAGUCUAAAAACCCAUUGUAUAUAAGGAUCAAAUCGUAUCUUGAAUGAGUACAGCUAAUCACUAUCGCCGCCAAAAUUUAGUGUCCGUCGAUAUGUUUUGAAUAACUUUUUAGCCAAAAGAGCUAACGAUCUGCGGUCUCCGCCAUUCGAAAGAGGACCCCAGGGCACAUAUGUCUACGUGGAAACUAGAGUUUUCCGAAAAGUUUUCUAGGCUAAAUGUUUGAGGCGAAAAUUCGGAAAAUUAGCCUAUUUUCCGAAAAAAUGUUUCUGUUCUUUGUUCUGCCAGUUUUGUAGAGCUCGACGUCCGCUUUCGAGUGGUAUCUAAGCAACCCCAAAAAUUUUCCCUCCUUGCCGAGAUACAAGCGUUGUAAAAUAACUCACUCUUCCCGAAAUUCGAGUUUUUAGUUGUAAAGAGUGUCAGUAUAUAGGUAUUCGAGGACGCUGAUGAUCGUGCUGAUGUCACUUUUUUGUUUGCAGGCGAAAAAGAUGAGUUAACAGAGUUUUUUGAACAACAGACUUUCCAGAUGCAAAAUUUUCGCUUAGAUACCAUUCGAACACGGACGUCGAGCUCUACAAAACUGGCAGAAAGAAGAGCAGAAACAUUUUUUCGGAACAUAGGCUAAUUUUCCGAAUUUUUUUUUUUUGAAUGUUCUAAAUAGUUCAGUUCCUACUUUUGGCGAGAUAAAUGACUAUAUACGUAUCAGAGAUGGUGACUAGUGAUGUUUUGACUUGCCAUAGCCGUCGUAUGACCAAUACAAUAAGCUUGAACUAGCUGAUCAAGUUCUAACUUUCUGGAACAACUGUUAUCAGUGUUUCUGAGCUACUCGGAUAAAUAAUAACGCGCAGAGACCUGUUGUGGAUAUAAUGAAUGUGUACAACGAACUUUUUUGUUUGUUAAAUUAAUGAUUAGAAUAAUGAGUGUAAAAAUAAUAGGAAACUAAGAAAAAAGAAAAAAAUUAACAAGAGAAUAGCAACGCGACAAAUAAAAAAUAGAGCGUCAGUAAAAAAGUAAAAGAAAAACUUUCUGUAGACUCAAACUCAUGAACCGUUAUUAACAUGGCUUAAAGAUAAAUUUGAAGAAAAAAUAAACAAUGUUAAAAUAUCUGAUCGUCUUGUUCAAAGAUUCAUGGCUCUUGUUGUAUCACAAUGGGAUUACGAUGAAAAUGUAGAAUGAAUUGGUAAGUUUUUAUUUCUAUUCGAAAUUAAUUAGCAGAACUAUCAUGAGAGGAAGGAAAAAGAAAAGUACUAAUGUGCAAAAAGUUUGAAAAAAAGUUCAUAGUAGUCGUCAUAAACUUGGGAAAAUUUGCAUUUUUUGCUUAGCGAGUUUAGAAAAAUUUCUUAGAACAUUAACAAAAAUUCAUCAAUAUCAUCUUUCUAAUCUCUAAAGGAUCGCGAUAGCUUUGACGUAGUUCGUAAGAAAUUACUGACCGAUUUGAAAUUAUUUUUGGCUAAUUUUAUUCGGUGUAAUAUACUUUAUUUAAUAGCAAUAUCAAGUCGGAUUGUUAAUUUAUUUCUUUUUCUAGAUAGUACUCAAGCUUAUCAAAAGAGUGGUGGUGAUACAACAAUGAAUUAUUAUUUAAAUCAAACGAAGAUACUUGAAAUCAAUCGACAUCAUCCACUUAUCAAAGAUUCACUUUGUCGUAUUAAAGAUUCAAAAAAUGAUAAAACAACUUUUGAUUUUGCCCAUGUUAUGGCUGAAAUAGCAAUACUUCGUUCUGGUUAUCAUUUGGAAGAUUCAACUGAUUUUGCUAAAUGUAUUGAAUCAGUUUUACGACGAGCUGUGGGGAUUUCAUUAGAUGAAAAAGUUGAAGAUGAAUCAAAUGAUGAUGAUAUGAAUUCAAAAUAG